AUUCACUUCACAUGUUGUUCAGUUCACAAUCUCACAUGUUUUUGAUUUAAAUUUGUUUUAAUCUCACCGUUUCCGUUAAAUAAACAUUUUUAGGACACCAUCAUUUUUUAGAAUCUAAGUAAUCAUGUCGGAUGAGCUGGACCUAAGCAGUGAUGAAGAAACUUUUGAAGAAGACGACUGGCAGGAGAUGGAAACAAGUAAUACCAUGGUAAAAUGUUUAUUUUGUUGCGACCUUUUUCCGAGUGUCGAGGAAGGAAUAAAGCAUUGCGAGACAGGACACAACUUUAAUUUGAAUACUUUGAAAUCGAAGUUCAACAUGGAUUGUUAUUCAUACAUUAAACUGAUCAAUUACAUCAAAACACAUAACCCCAAUCCAGAGGACAUUAUGAAUACACCUAAACCUCUUUGGGACAGUGAAAGGUACAUGAAGCCAGUUGACGACGAGGUAGAUGACUGGUUAAUGUUUGAUUUUGAUACUGUUGUUUGUAAUCCUAGUUCGCCAUUGACAUAUCAUGCCAAUGUUGAGAAUGGCUUGGUCACCCUCACACAAGCUCACUUCAGCGAGCUUCAAAGAACAAUUCGAAAUUUAUCAGAGCAGCUAAAUGAAAGUAAUAUAUAUCUUGAAAUGGCUAAGGAUGAUAUAAACAAAAUGCAAGAGUCAAUGAAAGGCCUUGCUGAUGUCGGUCAGACAAGCACCAACGCUAAUGGAAAUAAUAAUGGUAAUGGCAACGCUUAUACCAUCAACUGUGUCUCCAAAGUACCUCUAGAAGAUGAUGAAGGUUACUUCAAUACUUAUGCACACUUUGGUAUCCACUAUGAUAUGCUCUCGGACAAAGUUCGCACAGAAAGUUAUAGGGAUGCAAUUUUGAAUAACAAAGAAACAUUUAAUGAUAAAGUAGUAUUAGACCUUGGUUGUGGAACUGGCAUCCUUUCGAUGUUUUGUGCUACCGCUGGAGCAAAGAAAGUUUACGCACUGGAUCAGUCUGAAGUUAUUUAUCAUGCAAUGGAUAUCAUAAGGGAAAACAAUCUGCAGCAUGUAAUAAAAACAAUAAAAGGAAGGCUAGAAAAUACAAAACUUGAAGAGAAAGUUGACAUUAUUGUGUCUGAAUGGAUGGGUUACUUUUUAUUGUUUGAAGGAAUGUUAGACAGUGUUAUUUAUGCUAGAGAUAAUCAUUUGAAACCUGGAGGAUUAUUGCUACCAAAUAAAUGUAAUAUAAGUUUAGUAGCAAAUGGAGAUACAGACACUCACAAGAAAUUAAUAGAUUAUUGGUCAGAUGUAUAUGGAUACAAAAUGAACUGUAUGAAGUCUGAAGUAGUACGGGAAGCGAGUGUAGACAUUGUGGGGUCCAAACAUAUAAUUUCAGAACCUUGUAUUGUUAAAGAAAUUGACAUAAACACAUGUAAUACAGAUGUGAUGGAUUUUACAUCUUAUUUUGAACUACCGAUAACGAGAGACGGUACUCUAACAUCUUUGGUUGGGUAUUUUGAUACAUUCUUUGAUUUACCUAAUAGAGUAUCGUUCUCAACUGGGCCUGAGACCACCCCAACUCAUUGGAAGCAAACUGUAUUUUAUUUCAAGGACUGUAAGGAUGUAAAACAGGGUGAUGUUAUCAAAGGGGUGAUUAUAUGCAAUAGACAAAAAACUGACGUCAGGGCUCUGGCCGUGCAAAUAAAUGUUUUAGGCAAGAAUCACAAGUAUAUAUUAAGUUAGUUACUAUAAGGUUAAAGUUUAAUAAUGAUUAUAUGUAUUUUUUUUUAUUGUGCCUCUAUAGAUCUGUUUUAAGCUUAUUGGAUAUAUGCUAUGUUUCCUGUGUUAUAUUGAAUGUUACUAGUUGAUUUCUAAGGUCUUAAAAAUAAUAAAAUGCGCCUUUAACCCACUAAACAACCCUAUUUAAAAGCUAAAAUACAGUGGGGCACAUAGAAAGCUUACUUUUACAUCUAAUGGUUCCUAAUUUUUAUUUAGGUAGACCUUGUCUCUCAUGGCACACGUAUGUGGCUAGCAUUGCACGCGCGACGUCUAUUUUAUCGCGCGAUGAACUAUUGUGAUUUCGCUUUUUAUUAUGACGUGAAACGAGAUAGCGGUAGUUUUUAGUGCGAUACGAUACGAUACAUCGUCCCGCAUGCCAUGAUAGCUCUGCAGGAAUUAGAUAUUUUAUAUUUUUAUGCUCAUCACUGUUGUAAAUUUUUUGGGUAUAUUAUUUACCUAUAUUAUAUGUUAUGAAAAUAUUACUCUGAACAGUUGUGUUGCAUGACAAAAUCCUUGCUAUUGAUGUAUUUCCAGUUGCCCCAUGAAGGUUUUGAAUAUCUAAAUUGUGUCAUCUUUUUAUUUGCCUAAAUAAAAGAAAUGAACAGUCAGCUUAAUAUUAAGAAUGUUUAUUUGCCAGUUGCACUGGUGGACACUGGUAAUUUCCAUAUAAACUCUGGUGGCAACUUGAAAUUAUUCAAUUUAGCCUGGAAAGAAGGACAGGACAGGGACAGGUUUUUACCCUCUUAACUAAUGUCUGUGUGGAGUCAAAAUCUUUGUGUGAAUAUCUAGUCAGAUUUCCCUGACUGAAAUUCCGCCCAUGAGCAUACUAUGAAAAUUACUUUCGAAGCUAAAUUGAAUUUUUGACUCCAAUAACUUCGAUAACACAGGAAAACGUAAAUACUUAUGCGAAAUUUAAUCAAGGCCACCUUUUGUGUAUAAUCAGUUUCAAUAAAGAAACGAUUCUAAAAUGUUAGUCAAAAUCAUGACCUCACUAUUGUCGUCUAUACUCACACACGGCGGUACUGCGUGCAAAAAACAACAGCUGUUGAUAUAAUUGUAAAAAUUUUGUUUCGCGUGGUGAUUAUGUCCGUACAAUGUUUUUUUCUUUUUUAACAAAUACUUAUUCUAGCCUAAUAUUGUUUACCCAAGUAGGUUUAUUCAAUAUACAGAAAUUAAUUAUUUAAUGUGUAUAGAAAAGAAGAAAAUAUUUUUACUCAACAAACACUUUGCUAACCCUACGAUCUGUCGCUGCAACUACAUGACGCCAUUUUAGAUUCAUUCCUUUAUUGAAACGAAAUAUAGGUAUAUCCCCAAUUUAAAAAUAUUUUUUUAUGUUACCAUCAAUUCUUUAAUAAAAGGCAUGUUCUAC